AUGAAUGCGACGCAGGCUCAUAGGCCAAGGGGGCUUGGUCCUGAGGAAGAAAAGUCGAACAAUGUACCGAGAGACGACGGCGACGGUGGGAAAGACAUAGAGGAAGGACUAGAAGUCGACUACGCAGAUGGCGGUAUAGAAGUAAUUAAUGCGCAUGCGGGAAUGGAGGUUCACCGCAACCCUGAAUACUACCGUAGGCCUUCGAUACCUGUUUCCGCUCUCACUGAGCUGCCGAGCAGACGAUUCUCGGACGAAGUUGGGGACGUGUCACACCCUGAACCAAGAGUGUGCGGCAUUGGAAAACAAUGGUUUUGGGCCCUGGUAGUAUUGGUGAUUUUCAUCGUCGGUGCCCUCAUCGGGGGACUGGUUGGAGGCUUGAAGAAGCGAGAUACGCCUUCUUCUGCGCCCGUGUCCUCCCUAUCAUCUAACCUGGCGGCAGUCAACUGGACCACGGCUGAAAACACGACCAGCUAUGUCAUCUUCACACAGGAAGCCGACCUGUCUCUGAUGGCGUAUUUCGGAGACACAAAAUCAUGGAGAAGAGUUAACAUCAGCGAAAAAUUUCAAGACAUUGGCAGCUUGGCCGUUGGAGCUGCCACUCCACUGGCCGCCGUGGCCAUGGCUGACCCCAUUAACACUACAUACCGCGAAGCAAAUUAUCUGAGCCUGUUUUUCGUGACGCCUGAGAAUUGGAUAACACAGAUCGUCACAAACGACACUGAAUUACAAGAUUGGCACUGGGGCAGUAUUGGAAGUCACAGCGACGUCAGCAUCACCGUAGCAUCGGGAUCGAAGUUGGCCGCGACUUGGGUGCGGUGUAAUAACUCGACUCUCUGUAGCAGUGGAUGUGUAUCUCUGAGCUUUGAAGAUGAGCAGCAGAACUAUAUUGUGGUCAAUUCGACUUAUCAUUGGUCCACGACCUUGGCCAACAAGAGAUUGGCAAGGAACUCCAGUAUGGCCAUGAUAUCUAUGAAUGAUCAAGUACUCGGUAAUGACUCGGAUUAUGCGUGGGCAUUCUACAGCACCAACGGAAUUGUCAGCUCUACCUGGCAGGAUUAUCAAAGCCACACCUGGUGGUGGACCGAUCUAGGCCGAAACAUUCUAUCUGACAUGCAACCUACCACUCUACAGCAAUUCGCCGCAACAUCAUUCAGAGAUAGAAAACACGCUUUCCUUGGUGCUCUGUAUUCCAAUGGCAGUAUUGUCGGAAAGCAUUAUGACCCCGACUUGGAGAAUUGGCAUAUUCAGGCAGAAAUCAAGUUGGUGGACAGUCCUCCCACCAACUUUUCGACCAUUGCCAUGACAGCAGACGCGAGACUAUAUGGAAUCUCCAAUGGGACAAUUCAGGAGUACCAAAUGGAUGUCGACGAUCCUUAUACCUUUCAAUGGCUUGGUGGUGUCCAAUAA